UAUUACCAAUCAAUACCCUUCAGCCACAAUAGUGCUGGACGCCGUUGUAUGUGUUUAUAUUUAGAGACAUUUAUGGGAAAGAUAUAUAGUCAGGUUGAUGAUGAAAACAAUGUAACCAUAAACGAAGUUAACAAAGCUUUCACAUUCACUGCAACGGAUAUCAGUUAAACUGGAAAACAGUCAAUAAAAAGAAAAGUUAUCAUUCUCUUUUUUCACCGAUCGCAUUACCGUUAAUGUAACGACAAGUUUUGAGAAUCAAAGUUCAAUUGAGAAUGGAGACGAGUCCUUCAAACAACACCCUGGAGCAGUAUACAUUAAGUCCCAACAAUAUAAAUAACGACGCAAAACUAGAAGAGACGCAUGGAAAAGAGAGAAGGCGAACUCACUGCAUUAAUACGGCAUUUGGUGAGUUAAGAAAAUGCAUUCCAAACGUACCGACGGAUACAAAACUUUCAAAAAUAAAAACUUUACGUUUGGCUAUAAGUUAUAUACAGUAUCUCACAGAAAUGCUAGAUGCGGAUCUUGAAAACAAUAGAUACGGUGCGCGAGUUAUCGCAUACGAAAUAGCAAGCAAAAGCGACGAGAAUUCCAGCAGAGGAAAGACAGUGAAAAAUGAAAAAGAAAAAAGAAAAGAGCGAAAGUGUAAAAACAAUCGAACAGGCUGGCCGCAGCAUGUGUGGGCCCUGGAUCUAAGCUGACGAACCUUGCGGUAUUUAAAAAACGAUAAAAAUGUGAGAUGAACGAAACAGUCAACUGGAGUUUUAAAGAAUUGCAGAUAUUCUGAAUGAAACCUGGAUGCUAUUGAAGAAAUCAAUAUUUGUUUCUAACUUGCUAAAAAUGUACACAUAAACAACACUAAAUUAAAUUGUAUCUUUCCGUGAAGCCAUCAAGACGAAUAUAAAAUAACAGUGCACCAAGUGAAGACUAUAUGGUAGACAUGUGUAAAUGUUUUUUUGUAAUUAGAAAUCGAGCUAUACUGCAUACUCAACCAAAAUAUCUGCUCAGCAUAAUACCGGUUGCACACUUCAGUAUCUUUGAGGGUUUUUUUAUGAAAAUAAACCUUUAUAUUUGUUAAUAUAAAAAGAGUAAA